AAAGAAGAAGAAUCAAUGGCGAGAACGAGAAUUAUAACGAACCGAUUUGAAUCUCGCUUUUUGAUUCGUUUCCUUGAAUCUCCGACUCUAUUCGCCUCUUGUUUCACGAGUUCCAGAUCUCUUCAAACCCUAGCCUACGAAGAAGUCCGAACCUCCGGUGAUCGGGAGUCUGAAUCUACAGCUCUCAUCCUUCAUGGCCUCCUCGGUUCCGGUCGCAACUGGAGAUCGUUUUCUCGCUCCCUUGCAUCAUCUCUCUCCGUCUCCUCUGCUUCUGAUUGGAAGAUGAUAUUGGUUGAUCUGAGGAACCAUGGGAGAUCUGCGGAAGUGGAAGGGCUUAAUCCGCCUCAUGAUCUUGUGAAUUCAGCUAAGGAUUUAGCUGAUUUGGUUAAAGCAAGUGGCUGGAAUUGGCCUGAUGUGGUCAUUGGUCACUCUUUGGGAGGUAAAGUGGCGUUGCAGUUCAUGGAGAGUUGUGCUCGUGGUGAUUUUGGUGAAUCUGCUUCUCCUCCUAAACAGCUAUGGGUACUAGACUCUGUCCCUGGGGAAGUCAAGGCAGAAAAAAGUGAUGGUGAAGUAGAGAAAGUUCUGAAGACUUUGCAGAGUUUACCUUCAUCAAUCCCUUCUCGCAAGUGGCUUGUUGAUCGUAUGGUCGAACUUGGGUUUUCAAGAUCAUUAUCCGAGUGGAUUGGCAGCAAUCUCAAGAGAUCUGGAGACUCAGAGACAUGGACCUUUAACCUUGACGGAGCUGUCCAAAUGUUCAACUCUUACAGAGAGACUUCUUACUGGUCUUUGCUAGAGAACCCGCCAAAAGAGACAGAGAUAAAUUUUGUGAUUGCAGAAAAGAGUGACCGAUGGGACAACGAUACAACCAAGCGGCUUGAAACAAUAGCUAACCAGAGACAGAAUGUAGCCGAAGGGAAGGUUGCGACUCAUCUUCUUCGUAACUCUGGCCAUUGGGUACACACAGACAAUCCAAAGGGACUCCUAGAGAUUGUGAGUCCCAACUUCUUCUCCCCACACGAGUAGACGAUGCGCUACGAAAAUGGCAUUAGUCUUUGCUUACAAUUUCACUCCUGUUCAGUAUCUAUAUGCAGAAAUAGCAAAUCCAAUCGCAACUAUUUUGACGAUGCGCGGUUUUUCCCGUUUGUGUUUCCUAAUUUUGCAUUAGCAUAUCCUUUCAACAAUGUACAAACGUUUAGGAGGAUCUAAUAACAUCAAUAAACUUAUCACAUUCAUAACUUUAUACACAAGAUUUGAA